GCUGGAUUGGACAGCGACAUGUAUUAUGACAUGCCUGACCUCUUUACUCAGCACAAAAUGCCUGUAGACCUGAGUAACAUCCCAAAGCAACAAGAUCUGGAUAUCUGGCCACACAUGAAGCAUGUUCAUUUGCCAGAGAUCAAAGCACAGGUGGAGCUUUUGAUUGGCAUGAACAUGCCCAGAGCUCUAGAACCUUUGGAGGUCAUUAGAAGCGAAGGUGAUGGACCUUUUGCCACUAAAACUGUGCUCGGCUGGACAGUGAAUGGGCCGAUUGACCGAGAAUUUUGGGAAAGAACGGAUGGUCUGUCAACUGUCACCAUGAACAGAAUUUCUGCUGUUACACUGGAUAACCUAUGGAAACAACAAUUCAAGAUGGAUUUUCCUGAGAACAGCCAUGAGGAGCAGAUGGGGCUGUCGAAGGAAGACUCCAAGUUUUUGGAGUUGACAAGUAAGACAGUAACCUUACUUAACGGACAUUACAACAUUGCAUUGCCUUUGAGAGACCGAGACUUUAGAAUGCCUGAUAACCGCAUAAUUGCUGAACAACGUGCUUUAAGCUUAAAGAAAAGGUUAAUCAGAGAUAAAGACUUCCACAAAGACUACAUUGCCUUCAAGGAAGAUCUUCUAUCCAAAGGUUAUGCAAAAAGAGUGCCAAUCACAGACUUGGAGCGCAGUGAUGGAAAGGUUUGGUAUAUCCCUCACCAUGGGGUGUACCAUCCUACCAAGGGAAAGAUUCGGGUCGUCUUUGAUUGUGCUGCGUCAUUCCAAGGCAUUUCUCUCAAUGCACAGCUCCUGAGUGGCCCCGAUUUAACAAAUAGCCUGGUUGGCGUGCUGACUAGGUUCAGAAAAGAGCCUGUUGUUUUGAUGUCUGACAUUGAAGCCAUGUUCCAUCAGGUGCAUGUGCCAGAGGAAGAUGCUGACCUAUUGAGGUUUCUGUGGUGGCCUGGUGGUGACUUUAAUCAGAGCAUGCAGGAGUACCGCAUGGGUGUUCAUUUAUUUGGAGCAACAUCAUCUCCAAGUUGUGCUAACUACGCUCUGCGGAAAUGUGCAGAAGACAACAAAGCAGAUUUCAGCCAGCAGGUGAUUGAUACCAUUUUGUAUAGUUUCUAUGUGGAUGACUGUCUUGUCUCAAUAGACACUGAAGAGGAAGCUAUAUCUCUUUAUUCAGACCUUAGACUCAUCUGCGCCAAAGGUGGCUUCCACUUAACAAAGUGGAUAAGUAAUAGUCGCAGCGUCUUGGCAGCAAUACCUGAGGAAGAAAGAGCCAAAGAGGUUAAAAGCCUAGAUCUUGAUAGUGACAUCUUGCCUGUUGAACGAGUAUUGGGAGUAUGGUGGUGUCUACAGUCAGAUGCGUUCAAGUUCUGCAUAUCCAUCCCAAACAGACCCUUGACCCGAAGAGGGAUCCUUGCCACUGUUAGCACCUUCUAUGACCCCUUGGGUUUCUUAGCUCCUGUCAUUUUCAUAGCUAAAAGAAUCCUUCAAGACCUGUGUCAGAAGGGAAUAGGAUGGGAUGAUGCUAUUCCAGAAGCAGUUGCUCAAGAGUGGAAAAGCUGGCUGGAAGAAUUGCAGCUGUUGGACAAACUCAGCAUCAAAAGAUGUUUGAAAUCUACUGAUUUUGGGAAAGCAAUCACCGCUCAGUUACACCAUUUUGCGGAUGCGAGUGAGAAGGGGUAUGGUGUUGUUACCUACCUCCUGCUGCAGAACAGUUUUUCCCAAAUGCACAGUUCCUUCAUAAUGGGGAAGUCCAGGGUGGCACCUUUAAAAUCAGUCACAAUUCCCCGUAUGGAGUUGACGGCGGCUGUGUUGGCAGUUCGCAUGGACAUACUGUGGAGAAGAGAACUAAGGCUUCUCCUAGAUUCAGUGUUUUGGACAGACAGCACUUCUGUAUUGAAAUACCUCAAUAACAAGACUUCCAGGUUCCGUGUUUUUGUGACGAAUCGAGUGUCAGAGAUUCUCAGGGCUUCUGGUGUCUCCCAGCGGAGAUUUGUGAAUACAACAAAUAACCCCGCAGACAUUGCCUCCAGGGGUAUGAAGGUAGAAUCAUUUCUACAUAAUACUACAUGGUUAUCUGGUCCUGCAUUCUUACACAGGCAGAGAAAGAUUGGCCUGUAAACCCUGAAGUCAAAGUGUC